AUGGAAAACCAAGAACUGGUUCUUCAAAUUCGGCAACGAAUUGAAGAUUUUAUUGUAAAACUUGAAGAUAAAAUACCUAGCGAAACAGAGGUUCAAGACAUACUUGGAAAUCUUCGACAACUGGACGAGGUAGACAUCGACAGGGACUUGCUACAGAAUACACGCAUUGGUGCGAUACUGACUAAAUUGGCAAGGCAUUCUUCCGCUAGCAUCGACGCCCUGAAAAGCACAGCAGUCGAGCUAACUACAAAGUGGAAAAAUGGCUUACGUAGACAAACAUCAGGUGAUAAUGUCUCGGAGGACGCCCCUUUGAAACGUCAGAAGACUGAAUCAACUGAGGAAACUUCUCCCAAUGAGCCAGAGUACCAAUACCUGUUGCACAACCAGGACAUACGUGAUAAGGCGCUUUUAUACAUAUUCAGGGCUCUGAUUACUGGUAACGAACGCAAAUAUGAUCAUAAAAAGGCCAGCAAACUUGCUUACGAAGUCGAAAGUGGUCUUUUCUGCAAAUACCUCGUAAACAAAGGGAACCAAAAGGAGUACACUCUAAAGCUCAAGUCUAUAGCCUUCAACCUUAAGGACCCAAAGAACAGAACAUUCAGCGCCAAAAUAUACAAUGGUGACAUCGAGGCCAAGGGCGUUGCUUCCAUGGAAUCUGCGGAGAUGGCGAGCGACGAGAAGAAGAUGGAACGCAUCAACAUUUUGCAAGAAUCGCUGGAGGCAUGUCAGUCCGAUUGGGCGGUCAAGAAUAUACUCAUGUCAAAGGACGGUAACAAAAAAGGGCAGUUCAAGUGCUUUAAGUGCAAUUCGUCAGAUACUGUAUACCACCAGAUGCAAACUAGGUCAAGCGAUGAACCGAUGACCACGUUUGUCACAUGUCUGCAAUGCGCCAACCGAUGGAAAUUCUGA